GCGACGGAUGAAAUGAUAGGGGUUUUCUCCGUCAAUCAACCAUUUUGAUUCGAGCAGUAGGUACGCACGUUAACUCCAGCUCGAUAUUCACAACCCUAAAGGUCGAACAGGUAUCCAAAUUCCAACAUGGUCUAUGUUAUUGUUGUUCACCUCCAGUCCCUUCCCGAGCACGUCGAGGAGAUCAAGGCCAAGCUGAAGGAGGCCGCCGAGGUUUACAGAAAGGACAAGGAGACUAUUGACUGGCAUGUCAUGCAGGAUCCCAAAGACGAGACCAAAUUCUGUAUCGUCGAGAGAUACGAACAGGAGUCUUCACAGCAGUAUCAUUUGAGUAACCCCUACUGGAAGACCUUUGACCCUUACGUCGUCCCCCGUCUGGCCAGGCCCAUGGACCUUACCCGAUGGGAGGAGUUUUAAUGGACUACAUAGGCAUCUAUUAGAUUUUGGAAUGCAAUCAUAAAAGAGU